UAAAUCAUUCUUUUCAACUUCAACAUCUUAUUUUCUGCUUUAAUUACUACAUAUUUUGCUUUUUCCAAGCUAAUUACUUAUAUUAAGUAUAUAUUGCAGUGCACAAGCUGUUUUGUAGGUUAAUUUAGUUUCAUUACUCCAUCUCCAUUUUAAUUAAUAUAAUUCUGCACCACCUCCCACAACAUUAAUAUUUAUUGCUUUUAGGUUUUAGGUGGUCGACCCCCACCCCACUCUACAUUUUCCCUCUACCAUGCAUCUUACUAAAAUAAUAAUAAUAAUAACCUAGGCGGAAUUUAAGAUUGCACUAGUACUACACUAAUAUCUACAUGCUUCCCUACCAAAUUUACCUUUCACUUUCAACCAUCUAAUUCCAAUUCAUUUCUCCAACUACCACAUUCAUCAACACUAAGAUCAUACCAAUCUUAAUUAUGCCACUACCAUACUAAUUAAAUGCAUGCGCCUACUGCACUUUCCAACCAUUCAUUUCAAUUUUCUUCCUGUUAAAUUAUUGGAUCCCAGUCAGAUCUCGAGGGAAGGGGUAUCUUCGUCGGCACAAUACAUAAUUCAGCACUUCUCUGCGGCGACUGGCUGUCGGAAGCUGGAGGGAGUGGUGAAGAAUAUGUAUGCAACAGGGAAAGUGGCGAUGGGCAUGGUGGAUGAGCUCAGCUCGGCUGCCGGAGCUACUAAUAUUUCUGGUGUGUCGCAGCAGAAGGGUUGCUUUGUGAUAUGGCAAAUGGUACCUAAUAAAUGGUUGAUUGAGCUAGUUGUGGGUGGUCACAAAGUUGUGGCUGGCAGUGAUGGGAAUGUAGCAUGGCGGCAUACUCCUUGGCUCGGUGCUCACGCUGCUAAAGGCGGUGUUCGACCUCUCCGACGUGCUCUCCAGGGACUCGAUCCAGUUGCCAUAUCAUCGAUAUUCUCCACAGCAGAGUACAUGGGAGAAAAGCAAAUAUCAGGAGUCGACUGCUUUGUGCUAAAACUAUCAGCAGCGCAUGCUGAUCUUGCGGAGCGUAGCGACAGCACAGCCGAGAUGAUCAAGCAUGUAACCCUUGGUUACUUCAGCCAAAGGAGUGGGUUGCUUGUUUACUUAGAGGACUCAUACUUAACCAGAAUCCAGACCCCUGGUUCCCGGCCCACAUACUGGGAAACUACCAUGAGCACCAAGGUAGAGGACUAUCGGUCUGUGGAGGGGAUCAUGAUCGCGCAUUCCGGCCAAUCAAGCGUGAUCAUCACCAGGUUUGGAGACAAUUUGAGGGCCGGGGCUGGAGUUACGAGGAUGGAAGAGACGUAUGCAAUUGAUGAUCUAGCAUUCAAUGUCCCUGGCCUUUCCGUGGACUCUUUUCUUCCUCCCCAAGAGCUACAGAAAGAUUAUCCGCAAAAAAAUCUUGACUGGAGAUGGCCUUUACAUCGAUGAGAAUUAAUUAAGUACUGUGGGAUUCUCACUAAUUUUUGAACUGCUGUGAGUUCACAUAAGAGCUUGGUGUGAACAUUGGACUCUUCCUUUGGUGUAUACUGUAUACAUAAUAUGCGUUAUGCCUGUUAAAGGACAGCAGUCUUUUUGCUUUUUGUCUGUAAACACAAUCUGCAAAGAGCCCAACAUAGCAAAAAAAUGUCUUCCAAUUUGUGAAACAGUGAAAUAGCAAAUAUGUCUUAGAGCAGGGGUUGGGGCAUAUGUAGUUGGUGGCCCAUGAAUAUUUAAGUUCAUUGUUGGGCUGUUUCAUA